UCUCGCAAUUAGGGUUUCCUGCGUCGAGAGUGAUAGGGCAUGGGGGAGGCGGACGAUGGAGCGCUCUACGACGAGUACGAGGAAUCCGAGGAGUCGGUCGAUGCUAUAAUCGCGAGGAUCGAGCACAAGGCGCCGCAAAUGGAGCGCCUGCUUAGAUUAUCUCGGAAUAGUGAAGCGCUCAAGGUCGCAUUGGAGGACCCACCGACAAGAACCAAGGACGAGCGAUGCAAGUCUGCGAAUUGGAUUUUGGUACAUCAGGCUCUCAUGGCGUGUAAAGACGUGGAUGCGUUGUUUGCGACGCUAGAUCCAGAGUACUACGACAUUCUUAUGAAGUAUGUUUAUAGAGGUCUCGCCACGGGCGAUAGAACAACGUGUGAUCAAUGCCUUAGAAUCCACGAGAAAUUAACUGAUCGAGCAGGGAUGGGGUGUAUAAUGCGAGCCAUAGCUGACACUUGGAACGUAGUUUGACUAAGUUUGUAAAAAUUACUACAGUCAAUGGGUCAACUUUUUCUUCUGUUUUUUU